UCAGAACAUAAUGAUGGUAAACCUUGUAAGGACUGCUGUAAACUCAACAGUCCAGGAUGGAAAAACAAUUGCCAUGCUUUGGAUAUUCAAAACAUGAGACCAAUAAAAAAUAUCACUACUGCAGAAAAGUGUUGUAAAGGAUGUCUCAAGGAUCCAUAUUGUAUUCAAUGGGGUUUUGGAAGAAAUUCUAUGAUUGAUUCGGUGGUUGGUUCUAAAGCUAAUGUUAUAUUAUGUCUCUUUUUUUAUAAUAAUAAUCAGACACCCGACAUCUGUACUUUGCCACCACAGCCCAAUUCAUCUCUAAGUUCAGAAAUCCAUGAGUGUGGGUUAUCUAAGAAAAUUAAAGAGGGAGAACAAAUAAGGCCUCCAUUAAAAGAUGCGAUCAUAAAUCUGCAAGAUGGGGAAUUCCUGACACAGGUUAAUAUUAUUGAGCAACAAGAGACUUACAAGGAUGUUGAUGCUGCUAAAGCCGCCGCUAUGAUGAGUGAAACGAAUAGUCUUGACUAUGAUGUUGAUGCAAGUAUGAAAGAAUAUUUGAAUGGUAUAGGAAAUCAGAAGGUCAAGAGUGCGAUAGGCGUUUCUAAAUGA